AUGGCACCAAAUCUCAUCGAUUGCAAAUACGCCAUCCAGGAUCGCCGAUGUCGACAUUUGAUGGAGUCAUCCAAGGUAUUUGCCUCAGAGUACCUUCAUUGCAGCUCGAACAUUGACAGCUCCAACUCGCAGAGUUCCCUUUCAUUACUAUCGAUUACUUCCGAAGAAACCCAGAACGGCCACCCCCUCUGGCCUGCUUCCUCAGCCAUGCUCACAGUGACCAUCUCCAAGGACUCGAGUCCUUUAGAGCCCCUUUCAUAUACUGCUCAUCAGCUACCAGAGAGUGGAAUCCUCGAGUCUCGAAAACUGCACUACAAGCACUUGUCGAAGCUUUUGAGGCCGAUUCCACUAAACACGCCGACGGAGAUUGAUCUUACUCCGAAGCUAUCUAUCAGAGUUACCCUUCUGGAUGCGAACCACUGCACUGGCGCUGUGAUGUUCCUUAUUGAAGGUGAUGGAAAGGCCAUUCUUUAUACAGGAGAUAUACGUGAUACAACGUUCGUCCACACAUCGCAUAUUCCCCAUACCUUUCCAACAAAAGCGGAGGGCAUAGCUGAGCUCCUACGCAAACUGGAACCGUACCCUGAAGACACUAACUUCUACUUUCGGGCAUGGACAUUCGGGUAUGAAGAGGUCUGGAUGGCGCUCGCCGCUGCCUUUGAUACCAAGGCAAGUAUAUGUACAGGCCUCUUUUCGUCUAGCUUACAUAUAUCCGUCACACAGAGCGGUACAGUUGAAGCAGCUUCGCUCUGUGGGUUCAGAUUGGGAAAUAGAGUUGUCUCAGGCUGUCUAAGUGAAGAUGAGCGGUCUCGUAUCCACAGUUGUGAGCCAGGCGUCCACUGCUCUGCCGCAUCAUCAAAAAACACGGUCCACAUAAUCCCCAUAAUAAGCCGGACGGACAAGGGCGCCGAUAUUCCCGAACUCGGGGCUGGCGGUGGCCUAGGUGAUCUAUAUCAGAUCCAUGAACUGGAGGUUCCGGACCAAUACUCACUAGAUCAACUGGAACAGCUCUGCAGCGAGAAGAUACCUGAUCAUGAAGCUCUCUCCAAGGCAAAAGAAGCUCUCUCAGCAGCAUUCAGGUCUAACACCAAAGUCCUGUCUCUGGACAGCUACGGAAUGAAGGACGCCCACGAGAUGCCUUUAGAAGAGCUUGUGAAUAUCCUCAGCCGCGGUCCUCUGAGCGAGGAACAUAGAUCAGGCGAACCUCUUCCAAGGACUAUACGAUUCCCGUAUUCCCGCCAUUCUUCCUACGCCGAGCUGUGCGAGUUGAUAAAAGCUUUCAAACCUCGCGAUAUUCACCCUUGCACAGUGGAUCCUCUAGAUUGGGAUGAAGACGUCUCUAUGGAAAGUCUCUUUGGCCAUCUCUGUUCCGAUAACAAGUUCGUCCACGACCAGUACAUGCGUGAGAUGACCGCGUUGGAGAACGGCGAACGCCCCAGAAAGAGAAGACGACGUAAUCCUGAGUCCCCAUCGCAAUCAACCCAACAGUUAACCGUAACCGAGAACAGCACUACUUCACAGGCCUCGCAAAUGUCACAGAUUUCUAUGCGGACUGGCCGUGAGAUAAAUGGUGCUGUUCCAACAAUGGGGGGCCAUAGUUCUUCGCUCUCAUUAGAUCCGCCUCCUAUAAGGCCAACAAUUGCCUCAUCGUCCCCUCCUUCUCCACCACCUGCGACUAUGGCACAACCACUAGAACAUACCUACCGCACUACAAACAAUGCAUCAGAUAAUGGCUCGAACUCGGAUUCCCUCCCCAUUCCCACCUUAAGCCCGGAGACCGCGAAAGCGAGACGAUAUACUAUCCAACAAGCAUGGCAUUACCUCAACGACGCCCAGAAAUCUCAGAGCAAUAAGUUUCAACUUGUCUCCCUUCCAUCUUCAUGGUCCACAAACGGGGAGAUUUCUGGGCCUCGCCUAUCUAUUUCUGAAGAACACGAUGUAAGAGAGCUUGUCGGGGGGUUUUCGUCUUCCCAGCCAACGGCGAUUUACGAGCCAAUAGCCAGUACUGUACGACAAGGGAAGCCACCUUUGCCGACUUCAACCGGUGUUGGGAUCAAUGUCGAUGAAGCUAUUGACAAUACAGAACCGGAUUUGUAUCACAAUAUCAUCCUUGAAACCGACAACGACAACGGCUCUGUUAAUGAGACUGACACGGAGCACGAAACAAAUCAGCAUCAUUUCAGCCAAAAUAGCAUAUCCUCAUCCGCAUUUGCUUCGCAGAGUCAAAGCCAGAACCAGGGCCGACUGGUCGAAUAUUUCGAGGAAGAAACCGCAAGCGAAGAGGAAUACAUCAGCGACGCUGCGCAAGGACUUGUAGAUCCAGAUAGAGAUCUAGCUCCGGCUCUACAACUAGAGUCGGUGCUAGAGACAAGGAACCGACCUCGGGCUCAGCAUCCAUUUCUCGUUAGACGAGAAUCGUCACUUCGGAACCGGCAAGCGGCAUAUCAAGCGGCAAGAGAGGAUAAUUAUGAUGCAUGGGCGGGGAUAUCACUUGUUUCGGCGGGGAAUAAUCAUACGGAGGAGGAGAUUGAGCUUUAG